CGCAUGCGUAUUCCUCCUGUCAUAACAUAACCAACAAAGAUGGCGGCGACCUGUUGGAACCUUGCUAGGUCGGCUCUGCUGAAAGGUGUGCGGCCCAUGCCAGGCCAGCUUCAAUGGACACAUAAACGCCCAACCACAGCAGUGCCCGUGUGCAUGAAGGCAGCUCAGUGCCGACCGCUGCACCUCACCCACGGACCCGCACUCUGCAGCACCAGUAAGGGACAACAGACCACAGACACGCCGAAAGACGGCAAGAACACGAAGGAGGAUGAGGAAAUGUACGACGGUCCGGAAUAUAUUCCCAGGAGGAAGGCCAAGAAUCCCAUGAUGAAAAUCGGUUAUGCAUGGAUGAUUGGCCUUCCUUGUGGCAUCUUGGGCUUUGUCCUGGCCAAGAGAGAGGUGGACAAGAACCGCCUGAAGCAGUUGAGGGUCCGCCAGAGGAUGAAGAGGUCCAACGAGGGCGACUACGAGGGCAGCCGGUACCAGAGACACGGUGAUGAGGGUCUGGAACUCAACCGGUAACGGUGCACCCCGGAAUGUUGGUGAUGACCAUACGUAUGUGGUUGUGCUCAGAUAGGACUUUGUUUCCUGAAGUUGCUCUCCCCUGCUGGCAGAAGAUAGGUUUCCCAUUCCAGGGUGUUGAACCAAAAAUCAGGUGCAGGGGGAGCUACACGUCAGUUAUUGAAUCCGUUUUCAUUCCGGACGGCCUCCUCAACGGUGGAUUCAUGGACGAUGUGACUGGGCUCGAGUACGACUGAAUGAGGGGGAGGUAGUAAUCUUUUUUUAAUGUCAUGACAUUAAUCAAAUAAAUAUAGAAGCAAAGUCCUUUGUCCAUAUACUCUGAUCAUGUAUUGUAAGUGUUUAAUGAAAAUAUGAGAACUUACAACAUUAAAGUGAUGCAGCAGCCACACUGUACCUCUUGCAAAUAAAAUAUUUAUUGAUUUAUAAAACCUAAA